UAACUCUUUUCAUAUCCAACCAAACCCACAAAGCUCUUCUGUUUCAUCUUCUUUCUCUCAACAACACUACUCCUUAACUCCGUCACAAUGGCAACCCAAGAAGUGGAGAAGAAAUCACAAGACACAGUGACGGUGAAAGUCACCGGCAAAACCCACGUCAAGCCUGGCAAGAUAAUAGGAAGAAGAGAAUGCCAAUUGAUUACCUUCGAUCUUCCAUAUCUAGCUUUUUACUACAACCAGAAGCUGCUUCUUUAUAACGGUAACGAAAAGUUCGACGCCAUGGUUGAGAAACUCAAGGAUGGGUUGAAGGUUGUUUUGGAAGAGUUUUAUCAGCUGGCUGGGAAACUUGGAAAAGAUGAAGAGGGAGUUUUUAGGGUGGAGUAUGACGAUGAAAUGGAGGGCGUUGAGGUGAGUGAAGCGGUGGCUGAAGAGAUCGGAGUGGAUGAUCUGACGGUGGAGGAGGGCACCAACAGUUUGAAGGACUUGAUUCCUUACAACAAUAUCUUGAACUUGGAGGGUCUUCACAGGCCUCCAUUGGCAAUUCAGCUAACUAAACUUAAGGAUGGACUUGCAAUUGGAUGCGCCUUCAAUCACGCGAUCCUCGAUGGCACUUCCACGUGGCAUUUCAUGAGCUCAUGGGCCCAGAUAUGCAGUGGCUCUCCCUCAAUUUCAGUCCCACCCUUUCUGGAGCGUACGAAAACUCGCGACACGCGCGUGAAGCUGGACCUCACACUUCCCCCUAACCCAAAUGCUGACGGUGAGGCCAAGGUGGACCCACAGCUCAGAGAGAGACUAUUCAAAUUCUCAGAGGAAGCCAUUGACAAAAUCAAAUCAAAAGUCAACUCUAACCCUCCAUCGGACGGCUCAAAACCAUUCUCAACAUUUCAAUCACUCUCUGUGCAUAUCUGGCGCCACGUCACCCAAGCACGUAACCUGAAACCAGAAGACUACACAGUCUUCACAGUGUUUGCUGAUUGCCGGAAACGUGUGGACCCACCAAUGCCCGAGAGUUACUUCGGAAACCUAAUCCAGGCAAUAUUCACCGUCACGGCCGCAGGAUUAUUAUCCGGGAAUCCUCCGGAAUUCGGUGCAGGUAUGAUACAAAAGGCUAUAGAAAUGCAUAAUGCGAAGGCUAUUGAUGAACGUAACAAAGAGUGGGAGAGAGCACCAAAGAUCUUUCAGUUCAAGGAUGCUGGAGUGAACUGCGUGGCGAUGGGGAGCUCUCCGAGGUUUAAGGUUUACGAUGUGGAUUUUGGGUGGGGGAAACCAGAGAGUGUGAGGAGUGGAUCGAAUAACAGGUUUGAUGGGAUGGUGUAUUUGUACCAGGGGAAGAGUGGAGGGAGAAGCAUCGAUGUGGAGAUUACGUUGGAAACCGGUGCUCUGGAGAGGCUCGAGAAGGAUAAGGAGUUUCUCAUGGAGGUUUAAUAACGUUUAGACAAUAUUUCAAUUUGCAUGAGAAUUGAGAUACCCAGUCUAAGUUUAUUUGUUGUUUGUUUAAUUAAGCUACGUUGCUUUUGCAAUGACUUUUGCCAUUUUUUACGUCUAGGGUUUGGUUAUGAUUGGAGUCUGAUUGUCUCUUUUGAGCUAAGUUUCAUGGAUGAAUGUUUUGUUGUG